AUGGACAUCAAAGCGAGGUCAAAGGCAAUGCGAGAGAUCCUUACUCGUCUGGUAGAGAGGGCUCGCGGCGCAAUCCAAGUUAAGGUGUUUGGCGACAAGGUCAUUCUGGACGAAGAUGUCGAGAAUUGGCCACGCUGUGACGUGCUCAUUUCAUUCUUCUCAACCGAUUUCCCCCUCGAUAAAGCUAGCUCUUACGUUAAGUUGCGCAACCCGUUUUGUAUCAACGACCUGCCCCCUCAGGCCCUGCUGUGGGACCGUCGCCUUGUCGGCGCCGUGCUGGACCACCUCCAAAUCCCCACACCUAAACGGCUGGAAGUCUCGAGGGACGGUGGCCCACAGGUAGAUGAAGAACUGAAGCGUCUGAUGAAAAGUAAACUCGGCGUGGAGCUUGGCGGCUUCCGUGUGACCCCUGAGGUGUCCCUGCGUGAGGACGGGAAUGCCAUUAUCAUUGAUGGCAAGGUCCUGGAAAAGCCUUUUGUGGAAAAACCUGUCAGCGGUGAAGACCACAACGUGUACAUUUACUUCCCUGGCGGCGGUGGCCGUCGCUUAUUCAGGAAGGUCGGGAACAAGUCAAGUGACUUCGAUCCCAGCCUGAACCACCCCCGAACUGAUGGCUCCUACAUAUACGAGGAAUUCAUUGAAGUCGACAACGCGGAGGAUAUCAAGGUGUAUACUGUGGGCACUGACUACUUUCAUGCAGAGACCCGAAGGUCCCCAGUUGUGGAUGGCGUCGUCCGCCGAAACACAGAGGGGAAAGAGAUGAGGCACGGUUCAUCUAGGUUUAUCACCCACCUCAGCGAGUUGGAGAAGUCUUACGCAGCAAAAAUUUGUCAAGCAUUUGGACAGAGCGUAUGCGGGUUCGACAUGCUACGGUGUGACAGAGGCAAGAAGUGCAAAGUGAUAGACGUGAAUGGUUGGAGUUUUGUCAAAGGAAACGAAUCUUACUACGAUAAGGCUGCUGAGAUCCUUGCCUCUCUUUGUAUGCGUGUAUCCGCGUCGUCGGGUCGUCCUCUGCCGGCAGCGGAAACCGCACCCCAAGAUUCCUUCACUUGGCGCUUGAAGGCAAACGUGACUGUUUUCCGCCAUGCCGAUCGUACACCCAAGCAAAAACUGAAGUUUAACUUCCCCAUUGGCGACCCCUGGACCCAACCCUUCGUCAAAUUGCUAAACGGAGAAAAGGAAGAGAUUAUUCUCAGAGAGAGAGAUCAACUAAAUUUGGUCGCUCGUGCAGUAGAGGAGGCCAAAGCUCUUGGGGCUUGUGGUGAAGAUCUUGCGAAACUGACCCAGCUCAACAACGCCCUUUUUAGCAAGAUCGAUCUUCCGGGAACGAAGGCUCAGCUAAAACCCGUCUAUUCGAAACGGCAGGCAGGUCAGGCCCGGAGGCUGACGAAGUUGACCCUAGUAUUCAAAUGGGGCGGUGAGUUCACACAUUCGGCGAGAUACCAGUCCCGAGAUCUGGGAGAGUACAUGAAGAAAGACCUUUCCAUCAUGAACAAAGAAGCUCUUCAAAAUGUCAAGAUUUACACCUCAUCCGAACGACGUGUCAUCGCUUCCGCCGAAGUAUUUGCGGCGGCUCUCAUUGAUCAUCCCCCGCUUUUCAGCUACUCCGUGUCAUCAUCACCUACUCCUUCAUCGCCGUCUUCGCAAGACGGUACUUCAAGUUCACCAAGUGGUUACUCUAGAUAUGGCUGUCAUCUGCGGAUGACGCCACCCGCUCUCAUAAUUCGCAAGGAUUUAUUAGAUGAUUCCAACGCCGCGAAGGACCUCAUGGAUGACGUGAAGAAACGCCUGAAGAUUCUACUACGACCCGGAGAGCCAGAAAAACGACCGGAACUCACUUGGCCGAAGAGUAUGAAGAAGGAACCGGUAGAAGUUGUCAAGGAAGUGAUUGAGCUCCUUAGCUCUUUUCGGGCUAUCAUGCAGAGAAACUUCGAAACGAUGGAUAUCGAUAAGAUUCAGGACCAAUGGUGUUGCGGCGACGAACCGUGGCUUUUCCGCGAGCGGUGGGAAAAGCUAUUCGAAGAUUUUUGUGAUGUUGAACAACGAAAAUUUGAUCCUUCUCGUGUGUCAGAACUCUACGAUACCAUCAAGUACUGUGCGCUGCAUCACCGGCAAUUCCUCUUCGCUAUAUUCGACGAGAACGCUGGCCAAGGCAAGGAUCAUAACCAAACCCAAGAUCGAAAGUUACACGAGUUAUAUGGCCGCGCAAAAGCCCUCUUUGACCUGGUUGCUCCACAGGAGUAUGGCAUAGAACCUGACGAAAAAGAGGAGAUAGGAGUUCUCACGUCACUUCCAUUACUGAAGAACAUAGUGGAGGACCUCGAGGCAGCACGUAACGACGGAGGCAGUGCGCUCACGUUGUAUUUCACGAAGGAAAGCCACAUUCAUACCCUCGUUAACCUUGUUUUACAAUCUGGAUUGCCUAUCGCCAACCGAAGGAUACCCGAAUUGGACUACUGCGUGCGUUCUCCCUCACUUGGAUAUUAUUGGCAUUUAUUUGAGUUAUACGAGAGGAAUUUCGGUCGUAGUAACUCAGAUAAAGAGUACUCGAUUAAAUUGUCUCUGAGUGAGGGUGCCCACUCGUCGAAUGUUCUUGAUUCCACUCUAGAUGGCCGGCACUCGUUGCAUGUCCAGCCAAGGAGGAAACUCACGCAACAUCUACCGUAUAGUUUGGUCAUCGAGAAACUCUCUAAGCAUUUUGGGAGAUUGACCGAGAGUGAGGACACUGGCACCGACACAUCAUUACUUGAAACGAUUCAACCCCAACCUCGACAUAUUAGCUUCAAUGAUAGCAGCAGCGACGAUCCAGCCCAGGAGGUGUCACCGUCACUAAUUCGGGAAAUACAACUUGGAAAAUCAUAA